CUGUGCAAAGCACGUCGAGUUCCAAUCAUGAAUAUCUCGGCACUGCUUUACUUCUUUCAUGCUCUAUGGGCAGCUCCUGGGUUUGUCCUUUCGCGGAGAAUUGGUUCAUACAAUACUUCACGGUUUGAAGUACAUACCUUGCCGAGCGUUUCGGACCUGCCACCUAGCUGGGCUGGUCGCCUUCCGGUUCCAGGGACAGAGGCUGGAAAUCAGAUUUUUUUCUGGCUAUUCCAGUCAGAGCAGUCAGCAUAUGACGACAACUUGAUCAUUUGGUUCAAUGGCGGCCCUGGUUGCUCAUCCUUGAUAGGUCUAACGACUGGUAAUGGACCCAUUUCAUUUGAUGGCAAUUCAGCUCAAUUCAUUCGCAAUCCGCACUCGUGGACAAAGCUGGGCAAUGUACUUUACGUUGAUCAGCCCGUCGGCACUGGCUUCUCCACGGCCAGCUUCCCCUACCCGGUUAAGAACAAUCGCCGGGUGACGACGGACUUUACGCAGUGGCUGCGUGGCUUCUUCAAUUACUUCCCACACCUGCAGUCAAAGCAGAUCCAUCUAAUGGGAGAGUCAUAUGCAGGCAUCUACAUACCCUAUUUUGCAUCGGAGCUUCUCGAGGGCAACCAUUCCGUACCUCUCAACGUGCGUUCGAUGUCUCUCGGUGAUGGAUCUUGGGGAAAUGGAGCAGCCAUGGCGACCGUUGGAAUGGGCAAAUAUCUCAGGUCCCAGCUGGGUCUCCUCCAAAUUCCUGAAGACGUGCUAUCUGUCUUCGACGAAGCAGAUAGAACCUGUGGCUUCAAUGACGUGCUAGCAAAAUCCGACAUAUACCCUCCCCAAGCUAAAAUCCACAUCCCCGGAAACCCAGAGUACUUCAACCUCCGACGUCGAGGCCUAACAAGUGCCGCCAACGCUGCAUGCAACAUCUCACCCACAUCCCCAGAAGAAGUCCGCACCUCAAUCUUCAACUCAACCUGCUACGGCCCCUGCGCCGCCUUCUCUACAGCAAGUGACUACCUAACAAGUGUCUCUACCAACCGCAAAACCCGCGGCUGCUUCGACAUUUACGACAUCUCCCACGACUGCAGCGCCGUUUCAAAGCUCCCACUAAUAGCAGAGUAUUUCGGUCGCGCAGACGUACAGACUGUACUCCAUGUCGAGAACAGCGGACUCUACAGCGCCUGUAACUCCACAAUCCUGGGUACACUUCUUUCAGCGCCCUCCCCCGUGCCGCCGGAGUACUUCAUCCUCCCAUCUCUGGUUACGAAGCACAAUAUCUCGCUCCAUAUCUAUUCGGGCGAGUGGGAUAUGUUGAUCAACCACAUUGGUGCGGAACUCUCGUUGCAGAAUAUGACGUGGCGCGGGGCGCAAGGCUUCACGCAGAAGCCAAAAAGGCCAUUCUUUGCUGAUGAUGCUGCGCCAUCGGCAACCAAGCAGCUCCUGUUUGAGCAUACGCCGGUGGCUACUACGCUCUCGACUGCCACUCAGACUGCUGCUGUUGCGGGUACCUGGGCUAUGGAGCGUGGUGUGUCGUAUCAUUUAUUCCGUGGGGCUGGUCAUAGUGUCUUUGUGAAUAAGCCACGCGAGAUGUUUUCCUUCGUGAGGGAUGUGGUUGUUCCGAGGGCUCACUGA